AUGUGUCCCAACUGCUGCUGAAGCAAUUGUCGGUCGCCCCGAGGUGGCGAGGGGUGUGAGAGUGGCGGUCACACACUGGCGCCUCCCACACUCUGGCUGAGAUUUUACUGAAUGAACAGACUGCAACAGCGCGCUGACGCGCAGGAAAUUGCGUGCCUUCUGGAGAUGUAAGGUUUGGAAAAUGAGAGAUUAGCGAUCGGUGCGGAGAGGGGGUUGAAGCGACGGCGGGACGGGUGCGCGAUCCAGCCGCUCCGGGAGUGACUGCAAUCCGCACGAUAACCCAUUCUCUCCCGCAGCACCAGCGGCGGCGGCGGCCCGGGAACGGCGGGUCCGCGCUCUGCAAGGCGGCGGGGAAACGAAAAUCAGAGUUGGUGCCGAGGGGGAGGGGAGAACCCGAGAUCCCCGCCUGGAUUGGCGGCAUUUUGCAAACUGCAGCCCGGUGAUCCAAGCGAGGGGCGUGGACUGGCCCCGAACUCCCGCCACUGACCCCGAGCAGCCCCCCUACCCUCCCCGGGGGCACUGCCACUCGCCGCUCCGCUCAAUCCCCAGGGAGCGGCGGCGUUUGCAAGCCCGGCGCAACCAACAUUGGGAAAGAGUGAGAAGACGGAGUAUAAACUCUCCACACCACGUCUGCCUGGUCGGAUGACUUCAGGCUGCUGACUUGGGUUCGCCCAAUCGGACACACUUUGGGAAAGUGUGUGUGCGUUUUAUUAUUUUUGAAAGAGGAGCCAUUUGCAGGGAGACGAAGACGGAACUUUCCACUGGCGGCUAAAGGAGGACGGGUUAAAACCACCACUUUCAGCACAGUUGGUUGAAGGACGGAGUUUACUUGGAAAACAAUUUAAGAAGCCCUCCAGGCAAGAAGACGAGCAUGUUAGGAGGAAUUGAAAUAUAUUUGAGCAAGGUGUGAGGAGGCGGGUAGCUGCCAAAUUAACACCCGAGGAGAGCGCACCUCCCUGUAGGUGUGGAUUUGGAAGGUGUUUUCCGAGGAUGCACCGCAGCUGUUUGUGAAUUGUACACAUUGACAUUGGAUUGUGAUUAGCGCCGUAGCCAGCAGCACCGUUUCCUGACCGAAGAUGUACAGCAGCCGAGACCUGGUUUGCCACUACCUGUACUACCGGCUGUCCCGGCACGGCUACGUGUGGGAGGAACACCUGGAUACCACGACCGUGGGCAACGGUGCCCGCCGGCCCCCCGCUGCUGCAACUGACAAGGCUCACCGUGUCCUGCGGGAGGUGGGCGACAGCUUCGAGCGCCAGUACCAGCAGGAGUUCGCCGACAUCGCGCUACAAAUACGCUUCGAGCCCGACACCGCCCGCCACCGCUUCGAUGCAGUGGCCGAGGAGCUGUUCCGCGACGGGGUCAACUGGGGCCGAGUGGUGGCUUUCUUCGUGUUCGGUGGCACCUUGUGCGUGGAGAGCAUCAAGAGGCGGGACAUGGCAGCGCUGGUCGACAGCAUUGCAGCCUGGAUGACCGCUUACCUUGACAGCAGCCUGACCGACUGGAUCCGCGCCAAUGGAGACUGGGAUGCCUUUGUGGAACUUUAUGGAAACAAUGUGCAACCUCUUUUCAACAUUCCAUGGCCUUCCCCGAGGACAGUUUUGGGCAUUGCUGCUGUGGGCGCUUGUAUAACCUUUGCUUAUCUAGCCCACCAGUAUUAAUCAUUAUUAUUCAAGAGGUUAUUUUUAAGUAGGGCUUCUUGUCAGACUAUAUUCAUGUUAAAGACAAAUUGUUUUAUCUACUGGAAUCCAAUUAUCAUUCUUUUUGACACAUUAACGUUCUUGUAUUUAUAAUCAUGGCAGUUUUUCAGGUAUGUCUUUAGUUUUAAUCGAGGUUGUGGUGUUUGGGAUGGGUUUAUUCAUGAAAAUGUUAAUGUGAAGCAAAUGCUAGAUAUGCAUUGAACCACAGGUUGGACUCCCACAGGCUAGUUGGAAUUUACAUUUCAUUGUAGUUUGUAAAGGACUUGACUAAGCAGUUUGGAUGGCAGGAAAACGUGAAUCAAGAACUGAUUUUGGUUCUGUUUGCAAUGGUGUUGUGACUAAUUAUGAUGCAAAGUUAAACACAACAUUAAUUGUGUUGAUAAGGAUUGCCCAAUAACCUAUUAGUUGAUGUUGAGAAUGGUGCAAGUUGCUAUGUUAACCAAAACUCCUAAUGAAGGUGAAAUUCAAUGCUUUAAAAAAAAAAACAUGAACAUAUCCCUCUCCCCUAACUCUUAGUCUGAAGAAGGGUCUCGACAUGAAACAUCACCUAUUUCAUUUCUCCAGAGAUGCUACCUGACCUGCUGAGUUACUCCAGCAUUUUGUGUCUAUCUUUGGUGUAAACCAGCAUCUGCAGUUAUUUCCUAACCAUGAAAGUAUCUCCUGACCUCCAAGAUUUAAUAUUAUACAUUGUACAAGUACCUACAAUGCUUGGAAAUAAUUAGUUCUGUUAGAAAUAUUUUAAUCGUGUCACUAAAUAGCAUGGGCAUUACAUGAGUUCUUCAUCUACAGAAUAGAAAUGUGAUAUUCUGAUUGUAUUUCAAGUUAUUUGUGAUUGAAAUGGUCCUCAUGACUAUAAUGAACAGUUCAAGAAGAAAAUGGGAACGGGAAGGGGUAAGAGAGAAGCACUUUUACCAGUUUUCCAAACAAAACACAAAAUAAGAUUAAUAGAUGAUAUCGCUAUCUAUAGGCAUUGGGUUUUUUUUUUUUAAAUAACUAAAAUUUACAAUGCAAACCAUACAAUUUUCUCCAGUAUCUGAUUUGGAAUGUCAUUUUUGUAAAGUUUUCUGAUUCAAUGUGAAGAACAUAUUUAAUGAGCAUUAGAUGUCAACACAAAAUUUUAUUAUGGUAUUUUAACCUUGGAUGCUGUUGUAUGAACUUAUUUUUUUUAGAAAGUCCACUCAAUUUCCUUUUAAACUUUAACUUAAAAAAUAUUUGUGUUUUUAUUUAAGGAUUACAAUUGUUAUAAACAGGCUGCUAAUAGGUAAGCUUCAAAGAAUUGUUAACCAUUUCUAAGUGGAAUUAAUACCAAAAGGUGAUUCUGAAAGAGUUAGAAGUUAAGAUACUGUUAACUUUGGAAAAUGCAGCUAACUGUGACCCUAUUGACUAUGCUGGAGAUUUUGCAAAGUUCUGCUCACCAUUGAAAUGUUAAACAUUCUCUCUCCUUGAAGAUACCAUAGUGGAAGGUUGUGAUUUUAGCUAAUUGAAAAUGCUGCACCAGCAAACUAUAACGGAUUUGUAUUUUUUUAUACACUUUUGAAUGGAGAUUGAUUUUAAGCACUGUUGGGAAUGUCACCAUUCAUUGCAGCGAAAACUACACCUUCAGAAAUUUGAGAACUUGCCUUGUGCUCUGAUGCUUUGCAACUGGAGAGCUUUACCACCUUACUCCGAAACACCCGAAGAAUAUGGAAGUUAUGGUCAUUAAGGAUUACCAAAUCCGAGAAGAAAAAAGCAAGCUCAAUUUGCAGUAGUGCUCUGUCAACUCACAAAAACCAUCUUCAACCAACCAGCAUUGAAUAAGACGAAGUGAAUGUAGCGUGAAGGGAAGAGCCGAACUGAAAAGAUCUUUAAGCUAACAGUAUUGUAAUUGUAUAUGGAGUGAUUACAAAGGCCUGUCAGGAAUAUUAAGUAUGUUUUGGCAAGCAUUCAAGCAUUUUAUGUUGGUGAUCAUUUUUUUAAUCAUUAAACAUUCUAUAGUUUGCAUAUUUUAAUAA